GGAUGGUUGCCACGAAAAUAAGAGAACCAACGAAGAAGAAAUGUGGGCGGAGCCACGUAGACUACAAGUCAAAAUGGCUGCGACCAUGAAGAACGUGGAAGAAAUACGGACUCGAGUAAUUCUGGAGGAAUUUGGUGUAAAGAAUGUUCAUACAACAGAUUUCCCUGGAAACUACUCUGGCUAUGAUGACACUUGGGACAUGCAGAAAUUUCAAAAGAAAUUCAGCAUUGACAUAGUGAAUCUGGAUGAGAGCAGUAUUGAAUUUGAUAUGGUGGGGAUUGAUGCUGCCAUUGCCAAUGCCUUCAGAAGGAUUUUACUAGCAGAGGUGCCUACCAUGGCUAUAGAGAAGGUGUUUAUCUAUAACAACACAUCCAUCGUCCAGGAUGAAGUCCUGGCCCACAGAUUAGGCCUCAUUCCCAUCAAAGCUGACCCUCGGCUAUUUGAGUACAGGAAUGCUGGUGAAGAGUCUUCAGAGGAAGAAGGUUCAGAAAUAGACACAAUUCAACUGCAGUUGAAGAUUAAAUGCAGCAGGAACCCCAGAGCCAGCAAAGAUGACUCUGACCCACGAGAGCUGUAUCUGAACCAUAUGGUUUAUUCCAAGGACAUAAAGUGGGUCCCCAUUGGUAACCAGGCAGAUGUGUUUGGAGUCUCCAGUAUUGGGCCAGUGCAUGAUGACAUCCUAAUAGCUCAGCUACGACCAGGACAGGAGCUGGACAUCAUCAUGCAUUGUGUCAAAGGAAUUGGCAAGGACCAUGCUAAGUUCUCUCCAGUAGCGACAGCCAGUUACCGUCUCCUCCCAGAAAUCACCCUCCUGGAGCCUGUUGAGGGAGAGAAGGCAGAACGCUUAAAAGGCUGCUUCUCACAAGGUGUUAUAGACCUGGAAGAUGUUAAUGGGACAAAGGUUGCCAAAGUAGUGAACAGUCGUCUGGAUACAUGCAGCAGGGAAGUCCUUCGACAUAGUGACCUGAAGGAUGUGGUGAAGCUCGGACGAGUGCGAGACCAUUUCAUCUAUACUGUGGAAUCGACUGGCAUCCUCCCUCCAGAAAUCUUGGUCAUGGAGGCCAUCAAAGUCCUCAUGGCCAAGUGUAAAAGGUUUCUCAAUGAACUGGACUCCACUGACAUGGAUUGAAUGGAUGACAGCCUAUAAUAGUUGAUGCUAUGCUCUCAGUGAAAUGGCAGUGUUCAAAUGUAUGUGUUUUGAUAAAAGCUAAAUUGAAUUUUCAAAAAGCAGAUUUUGUUACGGUGAGUAGACUCGCUUCUGAGAAUGUAUAUACUGUGUAGUAUUUUGUAUAUCUCAGUUUUGCUUAAACAAACAUGCUAAAUGUAAUAAAAACAUAAUAUUUGC